CACCCCCGCGCCCCCCCGCCCCCGCCACAUUGUUUGCACCGCGAGGGACCCCGCCAAACGCGAACGAACUUUCGGGGGCGACGACGGAGACGGAGACCUCGACCCCGACCGCGACACAGACACAGACAGCGGGGGUUGCGAGCGAAUGGACGACGCCGAACCUUAGGCCGUCGCGCUUCGGAAGCGCCCUCACCUUCGAAGUUGCAGCAGGACGAAAACUCCGGCGGAGAGUGGACUGAAUCUAAGAUAGCGAUCGAUUAGUUCUGGCCGGCCGGCGAGCGAACGGCGCAAUGAUCGCCAUACCGUUUCAUUUCCGCGUGCGCGUGGAUUAGGGUCUGGCCACCGCUCUUGUUGGGGGAGAGGGGCACGGAAGGGAAGGACGCGCCUAAUGGCCACGAAAGAGCGAGACGGCAGGUGAGCGUGCACGGAGUUGCGGUGCACGAGCAAUCAGGGAACGUAGGCAUUCCUUUGUGUGGGAGAUUUCUACAAGUAUCACAGCCCUGGAGUGAUUGCUCUCGUGUUCGACCGAGGUUUGAAGUCUCGUGGAAGACAUGGGCGCACAGAGAAGCCCUGAGGAAGACGUGGAUGACCUUGAUAUUGUUGUAGACAUUAGUCGGGAUAGCAAAGUCUCACGCACAGCGCCAAGCAGGCCCGUCAACAAGGAGACUGCGAUGGAUGAGUCGGAUUCGGAACCUUUACAACGAACAUGCUCAUCUUCAGGUACCACGGGCACUAGUGUGGGAACUCAUGGGGGAAGCGAGGGUCAUAACCAGGAGGUGAGCAGAAAUAUGAUGGAGGAAAAUAACCAAGAGUCGUUGCGUGACUCGCCUGUGAAGGCGACUGUUGAUUCAGCGAGGAAAAUGGAUUCUCAUGAGGGUGAUAAGGCUUCUCCAACUAACAACAGGGGACCGAGUGACGGUCGACUUUUGAAUGGAGUGUCGGAGGAGAGUGAUACUCCCGUUAAACAAAAAACAGGCCGAAAACGUAAGAAGACAGUACACUACAGAAAUUCUAGGGUGCCGCAUGCCAUUCCUACUUUGGAAAGUGAAAGUGAUAAAGAAUCAGAUAGUUCCGAGAAACAAGAAGGGGCGGAAGAGUUGCCAUCACGGUCUGCGCCAGGUUCCCGUUCAUCUGCUUCAAAGCUGAAGGCCAUGGUACCUAUCGGUAACAAAUUGACAAAGCCUCCACGAAAUGCUAAGGAGUUGAUGGCAACAGGACUUCUUGAAGGGCAUUAUGUGCACUGCUCAUGUCGUGGUGAACAACUCACAGGUAUUUUUCAGGAUAUGGGCGUGGUGUGCAAUUGUCGUAUCUGCAAAGGGACGCAGGUGGUUUCUAUCUCAGCGUUUGAGGCACACUCAGGGAGCACUUCUCACCACCCAAGUGACAACAUAUAUCUAGAGAACGGAAAGAACCUUCGAGACAUUUUGAGUGCUGGACAAGAAUCUGCAGAUUGUGGGGAUAAUAUACUAAGGGCUCUUCAACAUGCCAUUGGAGAGAUUCAAGGGAUCUCAAAGGAAAUGACAUGUGUGAAGUGCGGUAAGCAUGAAGGAGGGGAAUUUAUCUCAUGCAAGGGAGCCAAGUGCUCAGCUGCUUAUCAUGCAGAAUGUGUUGGAGUCAAGAGCCCACAUCUUGAGGAUUGGUUCUGUGCGAAGUGCGAGAAAACACAAGCAAGAAAGCCGCAGCCACUUCUUAAAGUGAAGCGUUCACCUGCUGGAACAGACAAAGAAGAUGCUCGAUCAAAAGGAAAAGAACAGACUAUGAUCGCGAGGUCAGCUAGAGAUGCACAUCUUCACAAAGCUCUUUUCCUGCCUGGUGGUUUGGCUGAUGGCACUGAGCUUGGGUAUUACGCUAGAAAUCAGUGUAUUCUUAAGGGCGUGAAGCAAGGCGGAGGUAUAUGCUGCAGUUGUUGUAAUCAAGAGAUUACUUGCUCUGCCUUUGAGCGGCAUGCUAGGUGUGAAGCUCGACAAAACCCUUAUGGGAGCAUUUUGCUAGCAGAUGGUCGUUCUUUGAAAGAUAUGUGCAAAGAGUUAGCUGACCAAAGCAAGCUUGGAAAUAGAGCCAUUCAAGUUCCUCGAAAUGGGAAUGUAAAGCCAUGUCCUGGUUGUGGAAAGCAAGGUGAUCUAGAAUCAUGCCAGGGCUGUAAAUCUGCAUGGUGUCCCAAUUGUGCCAAUCAGUUCUCUGGUCUAGGUCAGAAAAUUCCCUGCAAAAUAUCACAACUUUUCGAAAAACUUUUGGCCUAUGUGCAUCAUCUGGGAAUGAAGUGUUUGAACCUUUCUACAUGUGUAAUCAGGUUUUAUUGUAUGGACAUAAACUCUAGUACCAUGUCGGCUGCUUAA